UGCUCUUUGCCUUUUGGUGCCUAUUUAAACCCCACCCCUUACGGCUUACAAGAACGGAAAGAGAGAGGAAAAGAAAGGAUAGCUAUGACCGCCAUUGAAUUGGAAGCAAGAGACGAACCGAUGGAGCAGCAGGACGGCCUCUCUUCUUCUUCCUCCUACGCCUCCUCUUUCUACGCCAUGAGGCAGUGCAGGAUUUGCCACGAGGAGGAGGACGAGAGCUGCGCGGCAAUGGAGUCUCCCUGCGCAUGCUCCGGCUCUCUCAAGUAUGCGCACAGGGGGUGUGUGCAGAGGUGGUGCGACGAGAAGGGGAGCACCCUCUGCGAGAUUUGCCUUCAGGGUUUCGAGCCAGGCUACACAGUCCCUCCCAAGAAAGCUCCGGCCGUUGAGGUGCUGGUUACUGUCAGCGAGGAUGAGGAUGAGGAGGAGGAGCUGGACGGGCACCAGGGCAUGCAGUAUGCGCCGUCAGACGGGCCGAUGGACGGCCCGGACGCCGUCGGCUGCUCGUGGUGCCGGCCGUUGGCGAUAACGUUCACCAUCAUACUGCUGGUGUGGCAUCUCAUCGCCGUGGUGACCAUCGAGGCCGCGGAGCACUGUGCGUUCAGCCUCCUCACGAUGUACAUUCUUCGGGCCGCGGGGAUCUUGCUGCCGCUCUACGCCGUCAUGAGGGUGAUCUGCAUGAUUCAGCACGGGCGGCGCCAGUACCGGUUGCAUCAGCUGCUUGAGGAGCAAAGAAGAAGGAAUGCAUCCAGGCGUAGCCAGGAGCAGCAGCAGCUUGUAAUUAGCAUUCAAUGAAUACUGCACAUACUGUAUUGCCGGGGGCAAUGUUCAACCAAUUCCAUCAGUUGUAAACUAUUCAUAUAAAUAAAUAUAUUUUUAUAGUAAA